GAUCUGUCGAUAUUCACUCUUUAAUAUUGCCGGGCCAUUUCGGUAUUUUCAGCAGCAAACAAUUCCCCACCAUUGUUUCUCAUGUGACCGACCACUAAGUUUCCUAUGACCUGCCACUGUCGUCUCUUCUUGCAUGUAUAAGUCCUAACAUAUUUUUCAUCAAAAAUCCAACAAAAAAAAUUGCAAGAAAAUAACAUAACAAAAAAAUUCGCCAAUUAUUCUAAUUUGCCGGAAAAUGGAGAAAAACGGCUCCGGACUCGAGACCGAGCUGCGGCUGGGGCUUCCCGGCGCGGAGAAAAAUGAGAAGAAGAGGGUUUUUGAGGAAUUUGAGGAUAAGGCGGCGGUGCACAAGAAUCAGGUGGUGGGGUGGCCGCCGGUGGCAGCGUUCCGGCGGAAGAACAGCUUAAACGGCGGGAAAAUGUACGUGAAGGUUAGUAUGGAUGGAGCCCCCUUUCUUAGGAAGGUUGAUUUGAGCAUGCACAAAGGCUAUUCCGAGCUUGUUAGAGCCCUUGAAGAUUUGUUUGGCUGUUUCGGAAUUGGGGAAGCAUUGAAGGAGGAUGAAGAAAAUAAUGAAUUUGUUCCCAUAUACGAGGACAAAGAUGGGGACUGGAUGCUUCUUGGAGAUGUUCCAUGGGAGAUGUUUGCAAACUCAUGCAAAAGGCUGAGGGUGAUGAAAAGGGCAGAAGCAAAUGGUGUUGGGCUUCAUGCAAAGGACCUUCUCAAGGGACUUUCCAAAGAGGAGUAGCUUUGUAUUACCCAUAAUUAAGAAGGAUAAAAAUGUCUAAUUCACCACCUUGAUUAAUCUCUAUAUGUUUUGAAUUAGUAAGUUUAAUUUUAAAUGUGUCUUCAAUUCAUUAGAGAGACCAUGAGAUUUUUGAGAAUUGUUUGUAUGUUUUUAUUGAAGAUUGUCAUUAUUGUUGCAUUGUCAUGUAAUGUAAGAGUGCUUAU